CCACGCUAGCCACCAACAUGCUGUACUCCCCAGAGGCCUUUUUUGCGGAUCAGGGAAUGGCGGCUCACAUAAGCCACAGCCGACUCAAAGCCAAGGGCUUGGGCCAACACCACAAUGCCCAGAACUACAAUAACCAGAACUUUGAAGACCUGCAAGCAGCCUGUCUGAGGAAAGGAGAACUGUUCGAGGACUCCUUUUUCCCUGCUGAACCCAGUUCCCUGGGCUUCAAGGAUCUGGGCCCCAACUCCAGAAACGUGCAGAACAUCUGUUGGCAGCGGCCCGGUCAAAUCACAAGCAGCCCUCACUUCAUUGUGAACGGAUUCAGUCCAACAGACAUCUGCCAAGGCGUCCUUGGGGACUGCUGGCUGCUGGCUGCCAUUGGCUCCCUUACCACAUGCCCCAAACUGCUGCACCGUGUGGUACCCAGGGGGCAGAGCUUCAGGAAAAACUAUGCUGGCAUUUUCCAUUUUCAGUUUUGGCAGUUUGGGCAGUGGGUGGACGUGGUGGUGGAUGACCGGUUGCCCACAAAGAACGGCAAGCUGGUGUUCGUGCAUUCAGCUGAGCGCACUGAGUUCUGGAGUGCCCUGCUAGAGAAGGCAUAUGCCAAGCUGAAUGGGUCCUAUGAAGCACUAUCGGGGGGCAAUACAGUGGAGGGCUUUGAGGACUUCACCGGAGGUGUAACCUAUACCAUCCAACUCCAGAAGCCCCCUCGGAACCUGUUGAGGAUGCUUAGGAAGGCCGUAGAGCGAUCCUCCCUCAUGGGCUGCUCCAUCGAAAUCGUCAGCGAGAGUGAGUUGGAGACCAUGACUCAAAAGAUGCUGGUAAGAGGGCAUGCUUACUCCGUGACCGACCUCCAGGAGGUCUGGUACCAGGGCAGGACAGAAACACUGAUUCGGGUCCGGAACCCCUGGGGCCGGAUCGAGUGGAAUGGAGCCUGGAGUGACAACGCCUCCGAAUGGGACAAGGUGGCCCUGGACACCCGGAGGCAGCUACUGAACAGGAAGGAGGAUGGGGAGUUCUGGAUGUCCUACCAAGACUUCCUGGGCAACUUCACCCUCCUGGAGAUCUGCAACCUGACGCCGGAUGCACUCUCUGGAGACUACAAGAGCUACUGGCACACCACCUUCUAUGAGGGCAGCUGGAGGCGGGGCAGCACAGCGGGGGGCUGCAGGAACCAUCUUGACACAUUCUGGAGCAACCCCCAGUUUAGGAUCUCUCUCCCUGAGGAGGACGACUACGACGACGACCCAGAGGACGAUGAAGUCAUCUGCACCUGCCUGGUGGCCCUAAUGCAGAAGAACUGGCGACGGGCACGGCCCCACGGAGCUCAGCUGCAGACAAUUGGCUUUGUCAUCUAUAGGGUCCCAAAGGAGUUUCAGAACGUCCAGGAUAUUCACUUCAAGAAGGACUUCUUCCUCAAGUAUCAGGACCAUGGCUUCUCAGAGAUCUUCACUAACUCACGGGAAGUGAGCAGCCAUCUCCAGCUGCCUCCGGGGGAAUACGUCAUCAUUCCCUCCACCUUUGAGCCGCACAAGGAUGCUGACUUCCUGCUUCGGGUCUUCACAGAGAAGCACAGCGAGUCCUGGGAACUGGACGAAGCCAACUAUGCUGAGCUACUCCAAGAGGAGCACUUCUCUGAGAAUGAGGUAGAUCAGGACUUCAUACAUUUGUUUGAGAUCGUGGCAGGAGGAGAGGGCAAGGAGAUAGGCAUGUAUGAGUUACAGAAGCUGCUCAACAAAGUGGUCACCAAACUCAGAAACUUCAGAACCCAGGGCUUCGGCCUAGACGUGUGCCGCUGUAUGGUCAACCUCAUGGAUAAAGAUGGCUCUGGCAAGCUGGGGCUUCCUGAGUUCCAGAUCCUGUGGAAAAAAAUCAAGAAAUGGACGGACAUCUUCCGAGAGUGUGACGAGGACCACUCGGGCAGCUUGAACUCCUAUGAGAUGCGCUUGGCCAUUGAGAAAGCAGGCAUCAAGCUGAGUAACAAGGUGACACAGGUGCUGGUGGCCAGGUAUUCGAAUGAGGACAUGAUCGUGGAUUUUGACAGCUUCAUCAGCUGUUUCCUGAGGCUGAAGGCCAUGUUCACAUACUUUCUAUCCAUGGACCCCAAGAAUACCGGCUAUAUUCACCUGAAUCUGAACCAGAGACUUGCUGCCUGCCAAACUACUGCCCUCACAGAAAGGAUCAAAGGACCCAUGGUUUGCCAGUUACUGACCUUGGAGUCUCUGCCCCAAUGCCCCAUCCCAGCCCCCAGCCUCUUGCUGCAGUGAGAAGCGCAAACCACCUACAGUGGCCCCUGAACUGCACAUCACCUAUCCUUCCAGAUCUUUCUUUUCUUUUCUUUCUUUCUUUUCUUUCUUUCUCUUUCUUUCUUUCUUUCUUUCUUUCUUCUUUCUUUCUUUCUUUCUUUCUUUCUUUCUUUCUUCUUUCUUUCUUCCUUUCUUUCUUUCCUUCUUUCUUCUUUCUUUCUUCUUUUUUAAAAAAAGAUUUUAUGUAUUUAUUCAUGAGACAUACACAGAGAUCCUGGAGACCCUGCAUGAAUGGAGCCUGCUUCUCUCUCUGCCUGUGUCUCUGCCUUUCUCUCUCUCUCUCUCUCUCAUGAAUAAAUAAAAUCUUUAAAAAAAAAAGAAAGAAGAAGAAAGAAGAAAGAAGAAAGAAAAGAAAGAAAGAAAGAAAGAAAGAAAGAAAGAAAGAAAGAAAGAAAGAAAGAAAAAAGAAAGAAAGAAGAAAGAAAGAAAGAAAGAAAAGAAAAAAGAAACAGGCUCCUCAUAGGGAGCCUGAUAUGGAACUCGAUCACAGGACUGGGAUCACACCCUGAACUGAAGACAGAUGUUCAAUUGCUGAGCAGGCAUCCAUUUACAGAUCUUUCUGUGGCUUCCCCUCUGGUCUCACUGGCCUGGACACCCAUCCUGUGCAUCAAGGUUUUUAGCCUCUUGGUCAGAGACAGUCUCCAAAUACCCUUAGCUUAGGGACCUGUCUACUUUAAAUGCAUCUAGAUCCUUCCUGUGCCUAUGUGCACUUUUGUCCUCUCCGGAUGGCUGGCUUCAAGUGUCCUCCUGCAGCUGUGCUCAGAGGCUUCCUUCCCUUUGCAUGAUACCCACCCACCCCUCUUAAUGCUUAGUUAGGGGCUGGGAUUCCAAUGUCCCCUGAUCCAGUGACUGAUUCUCUGCACCAGCCCAGCCCCAGGCCUCCUUUGUGGUCCCACAGACUAAACAGAGUCUGCCACCCUCUCACUCCUCUGCCACUCUCACUGCUUCCCAGAAAUCAUCUCCACCGGCCACCUCCCUCUUCCUUCCUCUGCCUUCUACAAAUCCUGUCUGAGAGGUCACACUCUCUUGAGAAGCCUCUUAAAGACUGCUUCUGCCACCUUUUCUUCCCAAGGUUGCUCUCAAAGGAUCAAAGAAAGGCUCCGUGGAAUUGGGGGGGCAGGCAGGGCAGGGAUCAUUUGGAGAGGCUGGAAAACUAGUAGGUCCUUUGAGCUUUUGAGAGGUCCUGGGCAGUCCCACUUGGGACUUGUGUCUUGCACUAGCACAAUAUGCUACCCCUUUCUGUCUGGGCGGCUUUGGGCAAGUUAUUUUACUUCUCUGACAGUCUCCUUUUUCACAUUUGUGGACUGGCAAUGUUAAACAAUAAAAAUUUAACUGAGUAAUUUAAAAAAUCAAAUUGGCUUUAUGGAACAGUUCAUGCAUCAGGCCGCACGCCACCUAGCCAAAAGAAAAAAAGGCUCUGGGCAGCUGUAGAAAAAGAAAGGUUUGUGAAGGCAGAGAGGAGGGGGCAGGGGAAGGAAUUAUUAGCAAAGAAGGUAUUGUUUCAGGUGGGUCUCCCUCCUAAGGGGAACAGAAGGAGUCUAUGUGUAAAUUUCGUAGUGCUGCCCAGGUAAUUCCAGGUGGACUGGUUAGAAGUUACAUUCCUGGGGGAUUGAAACUACAAGUAGGUUAGGUGUUAAGUCUUGGUUUGCUGAUGUGGGGCCGAAACAUAAGUGAUUCCAUGUGGGGGCUGUG